AGUCAAGACCCCCAUCAGCGUGGCCAACGCCGCCGUCAUCCAGCAGCAGGAGGGACGAAAAGGAAAGCUCGCCCUUUCAGUACUCACAGCAUUCAACUUCUUUUGAAUACGAUCGAGUAGUCCAACUGUCCCAACAACCAAGGGUUUUCCUUUACAAGGGUUUCCUGACGGAUGAAGAAUGUGAUCAUCUCAUCAAUGUGGCAAAGCAUAACCUUACAAGAUCUAAGGUUGGCCAUUCAUCGGGUCAUUUCAGUCUGGGACGAACGAGCUCGACUGCGGGUUUAGACGACGAUGACAAGGUUGUUGCAAGACUAAAGGACAGAAUUGAAGCAUGGACUCUACUUCCUAAAGAAAAUGGCGAGACAAUGCAGGUGCAGCGGUAUGAGAAAGGCCAGCAUUACAUGUGGCACGCGGAUUUCAUGGACAACCAACGUCCGAUUGCCGGCGGCAACCGAGUGGUAACGUUGAUAAUGUACUUGUCCACGGUGACCACGGGCGGAGAGACCUUCUUCCCGAACGCGAAGGUGUUUGAUCAGUAUGAUCCCUUGUCCAACUGCAGUAGCACGGGCCUUGCAGUGAAGCCAAGGAAAGGAGACGCUCUGCUGUUCUUCAACCUGAACCUGGACGAGUCUCCUGAUGAGACAAGCCGGCAUGGGAGCUGCCGGGUGGUGGAGGGCGAGAAGUGGGUUGCGACCCACUGGGUCCACGUUAGAGCCCAUCGUUACAGCGCAUCUCUGUACAAGGAGGGUGAGUGCAGAGACCGCAGAGCUAGUUGCAAAGCAAGGGCUGCUGCUGGUGCCUGUGUCCAAAACGAUCCCUUUGCUGUUAAAUUUUGUAAACUCAGUUGCCGUUUCUGCGUAUUCGGGGCGCCCAGCUGAUCGGCUAAAUUUGGUCGCCCUUAAUAAAUACUUUAUUGAUUCA